CAGAGCUGCUUCUUGGCCCCUUGAGUUCUGACCACUGAGGCAGACACGCUCCGUGCUGUCCCUGAGGACGCCUGGCAAGAUGUCUGACUGCCUCACAAUCUUCUUCCAUCUCCUCCUGCUCUUCAAGCUCAUCACCCCCAUCACCUUCCGUCACCACCGCUACGAUGACCUCGUGCGGACGCUGUACAGGGUGCACAACCAGUGCCCGCACAUCACGCGGAUCUACAGCAUCGGGCGCAGUGUGAAAGGGAGACACCUCUACGUGCUGGAAUUCAGCGAUUACCCCGGAAUCCACGAGCCCCUGGAGCCAGAAGUCAAGUACGUGGGGAACAUGCACGGCAACGAGGUGCUGGGCAGAGAGCUGCUGCUGCAGCUGUCUGAGUUCCUGUGUGAGGAAUUCCGCAACCGGAACGAGCGCAUCACCCGGCUCAUCCAGGACACGCGCAUUCACAUCCUGCCCUCCAUGAACCCUGAUGGCUACGAGGUGGCCGCUGCCCAGGGCCCAGACGUGUCUGGAUAUCUGGUUGGCAGGAACAAUGCAAAUGGUGUGGACCUGAACCGGAACUUCCCUGACCUCAAUUCCUACAUCUACUACAACGAGAGAAACGGAGGUCCCAAUCACCACUUGCCCCUUCCGGACAACUGGAAAAGCCAGGUGGAACCUGAGACCCAGGCCAUAAUCCAGUGGAUGCACACCUUCAAUUUUGUUCUCUCAGCCAAUCUCCACGGAGGUGCAGUAGUGGCCAAUUACCCCUAUGACAAGUCCUUUGACCAUCGGCUCCAGAAUUUCCGCCAGCCUGCCAACACACCCACCCCCGAUGACAAGCUUUUCCAGAAGCUGGCCAAGGUCUACUCCUAUGCACAUGGGUGGAUGCACCAAGGCUGGAACUGUGGGGACUACUUCCCAGAUGGCAUCACCAAUGGAGCUUCCUGGUACUCCCUCAGCAAGGGCAUGCAAGACUUUAAUUACCUCCACACUAACUGCUUUGAGAUCACACUGGAACUGAGCUGCAACAAGUUUCCCCAACAGGAGGAAUUACCAAGGGAAUGGCUGGGCAAUCGGGAAGCCCUAAUCCAAUUCUUAGAACAGGUUCACCAGGGGAUCAAGGGAAUGGUACGUGAUGAGAAUUUUAACAACAUCACAGAGGCCGUCAUUUCUGUUGAUGGGAUUAACCAUGACGUCACUCCCGGUAAGCACGGGGAUUACUUCCGCCUGCUGCUUCCAGGUACUUACGUCGUGACUGCCACAGCGCCUGGGUUUGAUCCACAGACAACAACUGUGACUGUGGGUCCUGCAAAACCAGAAGUGGUUAACUUCCAGCUCAAGAGAAGCACCUCUCAAGCAAGCUCCUUGAGGAGGGCUCCGAGUGGAGGCCAGCGAGGCCGAGUGAAAACGCAGCCCCGCCUGGCCAGAAGGAAGGAGGUGGUGGGAAAGCUGCCGCGGAGAGGCCCCGCCUGAGCCCCGCAAAGCCUGCUUGCUGCGC